AUUUCUUCCGUGUGGGUCAAGCAGGACAUAAAUUAUUUCCUGUUGAGAACCAUUGUAAGCCGGUAGAAAUUACAGCCAUUGAGACUAAGCUUGAUGCUCUCAGGAAAUAACUCUACAUGUUGGUGACUAUGAGUACUUUUUUUGCACUAGCGCUUAGUAGAUAUACACACGGGUACGGAACUGCUUGUGGAGCUAUCUGGAAAGAAGAAGGCACGGAAAGAAAUAAACAGCAGUUUCAGAUUGGUUGUAUAUGUUUCGUCAAAAUCAUGAAGUGAUCAAAGGUCUGUUUUAAAAUUUAAAGGAAUAUACAACAGAGAAAUAUUGCCUUUUUUUUUACAAACAACCUUUUUAUGUCAUAAAAUCUUUAAGCUGAACAAAUGAAAGCUCGUGUGGUUAACGGGACGUCGGAGGCGGGACGCCUGGAAAUAUUUUACAAUGGAAAAUGGGCAACAGUGUGUGGCUGGGGAUUCGUCAAAAAUGAGGCUCAAGUUGCCUGUAAGAUGUUGGGUUAUAACAGCACUGAAGUAGCAGCUGUCAGCUCAGUCAGAUACGGUCGAGGUACAGGUUUCGUUCUUCCUCAUAUUUUCACCUGUCAAGGAAUAGAAUCCAGCCUAGCGCAAUGCAAGCUUGAACAACUGUUUUCCCGUGGUUGUGAUCACGAAAACGACGUCGGCGUCGUCUGUAACAUCACUGAACACAUGACAGCACGUCUUGUUAACGGAACGUCGGAGGCGGGACGUCUGGAGAUAUUUUUUAAUAGAGAAUGGAGCACAGUGUGUAAUCUUGGAUUUGGAAAUAAUGAAGCUCAAGUCGCAUGCAAGAUGCUGGGAUAUGAAAGUACUGGAGCAGCAGUUGUGAGCUCGGUCAGAUACGGUCAAGGUGCAGGUCACGUUCUCUUUAACUACGUGGUCUGUCAAGGAACAGAAACCAGUCUGUGGCAGUGUAACCUAGGAGAUCUGUAUUCCCGUGAAUGUGGCCACACAUACGACGUCGGUGUCGUCUGUAAUAUCACUGAACAGAUAGAAGCACGUCUAGUAAACGGAACUUCAACUGCAGGACGUCUGGAGAUAUUCUUUAACAGAGAGUGGGGAACAGUGUGUGGUUAUCUAUUUGGAGAUAAAGAGGCUCAAGUUGCCUGCAACAUGCUUGGAUAUAACAGCAGCAGAGCAGCAGCUGUCAGCUCCGUCAGAUACGGUCAUGGUGCAGGUCCCGUUCUUCUUUCCCGAGUGGAAUGUCAGGGAGCAGAGAGCAGUCUGGCACAGUGCAACCUCGGAGAACUGUAUUCAAACUGUAAGGAGGAAUACAGCGUCGGUGUCGUCUGUAACAUCACUUCACCGAUGGAAACACGUUUAGUUGGCGGAGCUUCAGAGGCGGCGGGACGUUUAGAAAUAUUUUUCAAUGACGAAUGGAGCACAGUCUGUCAAGAUGAAUUUGGAAAAAGUGAAAUGAAGGUAGCCUGCAGGAUGCUUGGAUUCAACAGCACUAGACAAGCACUUGUAAAGUCACUCAUAUUCGGAGAGGGUUCAGAACAUCAAUUUAAACAAGUGAGCUGUCAGGGAAUGGAAUCCAGUCUGGAACAGUGUGAGUUUGGACUGAUUCGGGAAAAGGACUGCAAAGAUGUUGGUAUCAUCUGUGACUUCAAAAACUUUAGUCUACAUUUAACGGGACCUGGUCGUACAAGUGUUGACACGGGGCGUGUGGAUGUGGAUGUUGGAAGUGGGCGGUUCAGUACAGUCUGCAUCACCAAUGAGAAAACUGCCGGAGUCAUCUGCAGACAACUAAAUUUACCAUCUGAUUAUCCAGUACUAACUGCUGGGUCGACGUUUGGACGAAGGAAAAGUCCAAUGUUAGACGUUUCUUUUGCUUGUGAUGGACACGAGAACAGCCUUUUUGAGUGUGGCUGGGAUGAAACUACGCGAGAAUGCUAUUCUACUGAUGCUGGUGUUUUCUGCAGCGGUUAUAAGAUAUUUUAUAUUUGCUUACUGACGCAUUUGGAAUUAUUUUAUUCCCACCUAUUUUAAUAUUUAUUUAUACCUUAAUAUAUUAUAAAGGCUGCAUGCCUACACUUUUAUUGAUUCUAUAUCUCAUAAGAUCUUCAAGUCUACCUUGUUUAUCCUUCCGUCCUUAUGAUGUCAAUCUGUUAAACGCUAAGAGCAUGCUUCUUCAUGACCGUCUGCAUUCCCUAUAUAAAUCGCAGGCUGCUUAUGAUGAUUAUUAUCUGUAAAGUAUCUUUGUUAGCAUCCCUUUGA